CAAUCUAUCUUAGAAAAAGCAAAAAAGAAAAACAAUGGCCAACUUAUAAUUUGUGUUGUGAUUCAUAAAAAAAACGAAAAAAAAAAGGGUGUUGUGGGGGCCACAAGAAAUUGAAUUCCAAUUCCAAGAGUCUCACAAGACAGGACAUCGGUUUUGGCACUAAUCAAGGAAAGGCAGAAACAUAUCCGAGAGGGCGGUGACGGCAAUGGAAGGCGGCGGCGGAAAUCUUUCGGAGCUCUACUCUAGCUCCAAGCGGCUGUCAUUGAAGAUCAGAGAUGCUUUGGAGAGGCUCGAGCGACUCGAGUUUACGUCAACAUCCUCCUCUUCGCUUUCAUCGUCGAGCGCCGUCGUCGCGGGGUCUUCUGAUGAUCAACCUACUUUGAUUCGAAGAGAUAUCAACCAGAUCCAGUCUCUCUGCGCUGAUAUGGAUCGCCUCUGGCGCUCUAUACCCUCCAAGCCUCAGCGCGAUCUCUGGAAAAGAAAGGUAGAACAAGUCAGUGAGGAGGCCGAGUCAUUUAGAGCUAGUCUGGAUAAGUACACAUCAAGGCAUCAGAAGCGAGUACAAGAAGCCCAAGAGAGAGCUGAAUUACUUGGGAGAGCUAGUGGAGAUGCACAUGUUUUGAGAAUCUUCGAUGAGGAGUCUCAAGCAGUGGAGUCAGUCCGUAGAUCGUCUAGAUUAUUAGAGGACAGCUUUGCAACAGGAGUUGCUAUUCUUUCCAAGUAUAGUGAGCAAAGGGACCACUUAAAGAGAGCUCAAAGGAAAGCACUGGAUGUUCUCAACACUUUGGGGCUAUCAAACUCCCUGUUGAGGCUCAUUGAGAGGCGGAACCGUUUUGACAGAUGGAUUAAGUAUGCUGGCAUGACUGUAACUAUCAUCAUCGUCGUCAUGUUCUGGAGGUGGACAAGAUGACUGGAAUGCUCUCUCUCAACUAGUUAGUACCGGCAUAUAUACGGCCUUCUUCAGUUAUCUUCUGGUGUUGUUGACUCUAGCAGAGGUUGAUAAAAAUAUUGAUCUCGUAGAUAUUUUUGGAUGCUGUCCUAAAUCAUUAUUAGGCAUGACGGUUUAAUACAGUCGAGAAUUAAGAUUUGUAAUUAGUGUCUGAAUUCUUUCAUCUCCUAUUGGAACUCUCAUUCGCAUGUAAUACCAGCUAUUUUGACAUUUCUAAUACAGAAAAUCACAUGAAAUUUAUUCAA